UGUGCUAUGACUGUGGUUGAUAUCAAUUCUUCAGAGACGGGCGCAAAGGCAUUUGCCGAAGUGUUGUUCGGCUGGACAGUCGAGGCUCAUGUCAUCAUCGGGUGAGCUGUGGAUAGUUUGACGUUUGUAUAAAAACAAAGCCGGCCGGCUGUAUUAGGAUCCGUGGCAACGGCUAAGGGAGUGGCACAGAGUGUGCUUGUGAGUGCACUUCGGUUUGGGGCGUAUAUGCCGUUGCCCCGGUUACAGAGAAUGGGAGCCUGGAGCAAGUGGCGGGGAGCCACAUGCUUCGUUGUCUCGUGGUUAUGUUUAAUAAGUUUAGCAAAUUGCCAAAUAAUACAUGAAGACGAUCCAGUUUCGUCCCAUUACGACAGUGGUGCCAGUACGAAGUGCUACGACGACAGCGGACGACCCCAGCGCUGUAUACCACCAUUCGAGAACGCAGCCUUCAACGUUUUAGUUGAAGCAACAAACACUUGUGGCGAAAAUGGCCCUACCCAGUACUGUGUGCAAACUGGAACGUCGGGCACACAGAAAUCGUGUCAAAUGUGCUACGAUGCAAAUACUCACCAUGCAGCCUACCUCACAGAUUUCAACAAAAACGAAAAUCAAACGUGGUGGCAGUCGGAGACAAUGUAUCAAAAUGUGCAAUAUCCUAGUCAAGUGAAUCUUACUCUUCAUCUCCGAAAAGCGUUUGACAUAACGUAUGUAAGGUUGUGGUUUUACUCUCCGAGACCAGAAAGUUUUGCUAUUUACAAAAGAACUACUCAAGAUGGCCCAUGGAUACCGUAUCAGUUUUACAGUGCUACAUGCAGAGACACAUAUGGAUUGCCAGAUAGCAGUUACACAAGGAAAGGUUCUGAGGAAGCUCGGGCACUUUGCACUGCUGAAUACUCUGAUAUAUCUCCUCUGACCGGUGGUAAUGUCGCAUUCUCUACUCUUGAAGGACGACCUUCCGCAUACUUUUUUGAAAAUAGCCCUGAAUUGCAGUAUUUGGAGAUCCACAAGUUUUGCAGUCCUAUUUCUAUGCGAUCUCUGAUUUUGCUGUUGGAGCAAGCAUGCAACUGCAAUUCAUUUUCCACCCGUUGCUAUUUUGACAAACACUUGUAUGAAACAACUGGGCAUGGAGGUCACUGCUUAGAUUGCACUGGAAAUAGAGAUGGCCCCAAUUGUGAACGUUGUAAAGAGAACUAUUAUCAGCGUGAAGAUAAUUAUUGUGUAGCAUGCAACUGUAAUGAAAUAGGUUCACGAAAUCUGCAGUGUAAUAGCGAAGGUCGUUGUCAAUGUAAACCUGGAGUUGUUGGAGAUAAAUGUGAUCGCUGUGACACUAAUUAUUAUGAUUUUAGUUCAUUGGGUUGUAAACCUUGUCAAUGUAACAAAGCUGGUAGCUAUGGCAAUGUACCGAAUUGUGACCCUAUCACAGGUUCUUGUCACUGUAAAGAAAAUGUUGAAGGGAAGCGAUGUGGCAAUUGUAAACCAGGUUAUUUUAAUCUUGAUGAAGAUAAUGAUUUUGGCUGUACACCAUGUUUUUGUUAUGGCCAUGCAUCCCUUUGUUCAUCAGCUCCUGGUUAUUCUCGAGUUUAUAUUGAAAGCAUUUUUGCUCGGGGAACUGAACGUUGGAAAUCACAGGAUUAUCAUGGAAAAGAUGUACCAUUGGCUUUUAAUAGUGUGACACAAGUAAUUGGUGUUAAGGCACCCUACAAACAUCCAAUUUAUUUUGUGGCUCCAGAUGUCUUUUUGGGGGAUCAGAGAGCAAGUUAUAAUCAAGAUUUCACAUUUAAGCUUCGUAUUGGAGAAGCUGGUCCAGUAGCCAGUGUAGAAGAUGUAGUUUUAGAAGGAGCUGGUUUAAGUAUAACACAGGCUAUCUUCGGCCAAGGGAAUCGUUUACCAUCUGUUCAGCCUCAAGAAUAUAAAUUCCGUUUACAUGAAAGUUCGCAAUAUGGAUGGCAACCUCGUCUUUCUGCUCGUGAUUUCAUGAGUGUUUUGGCAAAUCUUACAGCAAUUCGUAUCAGAGGGACAUACGCUUCAGAAGGUGUUGGUUUUCUGGACAAUGUGAAAUUGGCCACUGCGCGACGAGGUGCUCCAGGGAGACCUGCUCAUUGGAUUGAAAAUUGCAAUUGUCCUCAAGGAUAUGUGGGACAAUUCUGUGAAUCAUGUGCUCCUGGCUAUCGUCAUGAACCUUCAAAUGGAGGUCCAUUUGCUCCUUGUGUUCGUUGCAACUGUAAUGGUCAUGCUGAUAUAUGUGAUGCUGAAACAGGACGAUGCAUUUGUCAACAUAAUACUGCCGGUGACAACUGUGAUCGAUGUGCAAAAGGAUACUAUGGAAAUGCAUUACAUGGCACUGAGUAUGAUUGUUUACAGUGUCCAUGCCCUUAUGGUGGGCCAUGUUUUCAAAUGGAUGAUGAAUUUAUUUUUUGUUCAGAAUGCCCUACUGGUUAUGGAGGUCCCCGUUGUGACACAUGUAGUGAUGGUUAUUUUGGAGAUCCAUCUGCUUUGACAGGCUAUGUAGUCCCAUGCCAACUUUGCAAAUGCAAUGAUAACAUUGAUUUGAAUGCUGUUGGAAACUGCAAUCGAACAACUGGAGAAUGUUUGAAAUGUAUUUACAAUACAGGGGGUCCCCAUUGUGAGAGAUGCAUGCCAGGUUUCUAUGGUGAUGCUCUGGCCCUACCUAAAGGCGACUGCAAACAAUGUCAAUGCUAUCCGGUGGGGACAGUUGAGACAGGGUCCAUCCCUCUGGUUUGUGAUCAAGUGACCGGUCAGUGCCAGUGCAAACCUCAUGUGAUAGGCAAAAAUUGUGAUCAAUGUGAGGAAGGUUACUUUGAUAUAAUUAGUGGUGAAGGAUGCCAACCAUGCAAUUGUGAUCCUAUUGGAUCAUUAAAUCAUAGUUGUGAUGUUCACACUGGGCAGUGUCAAUGUCGACCAGGAAUCACAGGUUUACACUGUGAUUCAUGUGAACAAUAUCGUUAUGGAUUUUCUGCUGAAGGUUGCAAAGCAUGUGAAUGUGACACAAUUGGAUCAGAAAGUCUACAGUGUGAUCCCCAGGGGCAAUGUCCUUGCUUAGAGAAUGUUGAAGGCCGACAAUGUGACCGUUGCAAGGAGAACAAGUAUGAUCGUCACAGUGGUUGUCACGAUUGUCCAGAAUGUUAUAAUCUUGUCCAAGAUGCUGUAAAUGCUCAUAGGGAAAAACUUAAAGAUUUAAGAGAUUUACUUAACAAAAUUUCUAGUAGCCCUGUUGUUUUAAAUGAUGAAGAAUUUGACAGAAAAAUUGUUGAAGUGGAAGCAAUUGUGAAUGAACUGUGGAAUAAUGCAAAGGAAGGAACUGGAAGUGGAGAUAAAAGUUUACUUGAGCAUUUAACUGAAUUAAGCAAGCGUUUGGUAAAUGUAGAAAACCUCCUAAGACAGGUAGAUGCUGCAACUGAACAAGCUUUAAUUGCAAAUGCUUUGAGUGAAGCCAAUGUAACACAAGCGGAAGAAGUUGUUGAAAGAGCCCAAGAAUUGUUAAAGGAUGCUUUAGAUUAUCUAGUGACAGAUGGUUAUGCAGGUUUAGAAAAAGCCCAAGAGCGUUCAAAACAGUUUGGCCAACAGAGUGAGCAGAUGUCUGAAAUUGCAAGAGAAGCUAGAGUAUUAGCUGAAAAACAGGAGGAAGAAGCCAAAGGUAUUCAGGAAUUAGCUCAGAGAGCCUUAAAUAAGUCAAUUGCUGCCUACGAACUGGCCAGGGAAGCUUUGGAUCUUAAAAGCAACUUAAGCAAUGAGAUACGUUCUCUCAGAUCUGAUAUGGAUGCUGCUGGGAACACACAAAGUUCACUUAAAGCCAUUGUAGAAGACACCAAAAAUCAAGUUGAUACUACACAUGCAAACAGUGCAAAUACAUCUUUAUUUGUAUCUAGACUAACUGUUCCUGAAGUAGAUGCACAUUCUGCAAAGGAAGAAGCAGAAAUCAUAACUCAGCAGGCAACUCAGAUAAAGAGUGAUGCAGAAAAAUUGCUCCAAGAAUUUGAAUCAGAAAAAAGAAACCUAAGUGAACAAUUAUUACAAGCAGAUGAAUUACUGCAAGCAGCAAUCCAACAACAACAGAGAUUAGAUGAGUUAUUGGCAGAUGCAGAUGCUGCAAAUGAUAAAGCUUCAGAAGCUGUUCGUUUGGGAGACAAAACAUUAAAGGAGGCACAAGAAACACUAGAGACGUUACAAGAAUUUGAUAAUCAAGUCCAGGAAAGUAAAGGACAAGCAGAAGAAGCACUACGCUUGGUACCUGAAAUUGAAGAACUGAUAAAUGAAGCCAAUGAGAAGACCAAUGGUGCUCGUAGAGCUCUAGAAGGAGCUCAAUUAACUGCAAAAAAUGCUAGAGAUAUUGCUGUGAAAGCACAAUCUGUAUUUGCUGAACAGGCUUCACAAGAAGCUGAUCAAAUUCGAAGGAGAGCAAAUGACACUAAAUUGGAAGCUGUAAGGUUAAGUGAUAAAGCAGAUGAAUUAGCAGCUAAUGUUGCACUUACUGCAGAUCAAAUGCAGAGUUUGGAAGAACAAGCCAAAGAAGAUGAAGAACUUACUGCUCAGGCUCGUCAGAAAGUUGGCCAAGCUAAAAGUAAUACCGCAGAGGCAACUUGGCAAGUAAAAUAUGCAUUGGAUGAAGUAAACUUUAUUAUGCAAGAACUGGAAGACAUGAAAGAAAUAGAUGUUGCUACUCUUGAUGACCUAGAAAGGAGGCUUGAAGAUGUUGAGAUGGAGUAUAAAGACGCAAAUAUUGAUUUUCACAUGUCAAGCCUCUCUUCAGAAAGAAAUGCACAGAAUCAGCAUAUCAAAAAUUAUGAAGAAGAACUUUAUAAACUUCAACUGGAAGUUGACAAUGUGCGAGAAAUUAGUGAAUCUCUGCCAGAUAAUUGUUGGAAAAGAUUGAAGUUAGAACCAUAAAUGGAAAACAUUCAGUGGUAGAAGGUGUGGAGACAUUAAGUGUGCAUUACCAGUAUACUUAGUUGUACGUGCUCUAGUGCAGUUCUGUUUUAUUUUAAUUAUGAUUUUGUAAAUUCAUACAAGAUAUCAGAGAAUACCAUGAGAAUUCUGAUACCUAACUGUGAAUCUACUUCACCAGAAUUGUUACUGAGCCAGAAACUUUAACUAUCACUGUCAAAUAUUUAUUUGCCACUGUCAGGAGCGCGUCAAUACAAAUUAAUUAUAUUUCUUCAUCUUCGAAGCUCAUCAAGAGGGGAUCAAGUUUGCUGUAUAGUGAUUUUCAAAAUUUCUUAUUGAAAUUGAUAUUUGAACAAAUUUCAUUAAUACUGCAAGAUGUAGAUAUACUUGUACAGAUUUUUUGUGCCAAAUAAUAAUAAGAGUAAAUAUUUGCCCAUACUUUAAAUAAUGAUAGUGCCUUUAGAAUGAAGACAGACAGAAUUCACAGCAUAUUUAAGAACAGAGACUACUAUGUACAAGAAUUGCAUUUGUUAUUAUGAGUGUAUGUUGGUUAUCAUGUGGAAAUUACUGAUGUUUAAACUAUGUACAGUUUUACAGGUAGAACAUCAAAUUAAUAAGAAUUCUGUUGAGAACCUGUUAAAGAGAAAGUAUUUUGAAGUUUUUAUUCAGUAUCCUAAAGCAAGAUAUUUAGCUUCCUGUUGGUAAUACAACAUUCCUAAUCAGUAAUUAUUGUGUUGUGUAAUGCUACUUAUUUCUACAAGAUCAGCUCCAAGUCAUAUUUAAUUCCAUUUCAAAGUAGUCUACUUUAGAUCUGUGCCAUACGAUCAUAAACUACCUAGUUUUAUUAAUUAAUAAUAUGUAGUAAAAUUAAGAUUUAGUUUAAGGACGUGGUAGUAUUGUUAUUGAAAAACCCAUACAUACAUUCAUGUCAAUAUAGUAGGAAAUUAGCAAGUAUGUUAGUGUGUGGAAACGUGUGUGUAUAUGUGUGGGACCUAUGCAAUAUUCUUGUAUACCAAAGAAAAUGUUACGCUCAUAAUUUCAUAAUGCACACAGGAUAUUUGUAAUUUCUUAACAAUAUAUUUUGUGUAAAAUAAUGUGUUCACUGCCAAUUCAUUGCAUUGUGUGUUUUGUAUCUAUAAAGCUAACUUGUGUGUUUAUUGUAGAGUGAAAUGUGCAAACCAUGAAGCAAAAUGAGCCAAUAAUUUUUCAUUAAAUUUUUUUUUUUUUUGUUUUUU